AUGCUACUGACCCAAAUCCCACCUCGUAGCCUGCCAUAUCUCGUCACUCACCUUCGACCAAUCUCCACAGCUCCUCUACAUCCUCUCCCUCCUUUUACCGCCGAGACAGCACAUCAAAAGGUUAAAGCAGCUCAAGAUAAGUGGAACACGAAAUCUCCUAAACUCGUGGCUCCUGCCUACACCCCCGAUUCCAUAUGGAGAAACAGGGAUCAAUUCUUCACUGGUACGAAGGCUAUAGAGGAGUUUCUUACGCGGAAAUGGGAGAAGGAGAGAAAUUAUAGGUUGAGAAAGGAGUUAUUCGCUUUUGAGAGAGAUCGAAUCGCUGUCGAAUUUUGGUACGAACACUCCGCAUCGGAUUUUGGCGGACAGUGGUACAGAACAUACGGUCUGGAACAUUGGGUGUUCGCAGAAGAUGGACGGAUGAAGUCACGCCAGAUGAGUGGGCAUACGAUAGAGAUCCAAGAGUCGGAGAGAUGGUUCAGAGAUGGCGUGGACGUGAAUGCUGGGGAAGUUCCUAAGGGACAUAUCUCAUUGAAAUGA